CAGCGGGUACCAUACAUUUUAUUUACUCUUUAAAAAUAACACAUAACAACACAGGACAAUGUGUCCAUGUUAUACAAUGUUCGUAAAUAAUCAAAUAGCAACAGUUGUCGUCUGGCUUUAGCUUCUCAACAAUAUUUACUUUUGGGGACAAAAGAAGAAGUAAACGACUAAUCUUUGAUAAUAUUGAUAUUUAAUGAUGCUGGAAGAAAAAGAAAAGACGAUAUAUUUGAAGCAAAUUCAAUUUCUGAGCCGGCAGCUUGAGAGCGUCCAGCUCCACUCUGCCGGGCUCCGGCUCCAGAACAAGGAUCUGGAAGCCGGCUGCCGCGCGUUAUCCGAGGACAAGAAGGACAUCUGUGAGUACCUAGAGCACUCGCUGCAGUCGCUGCAAAAGCGGGAGCAGGAGCAGGUCCAGAAGCUGCAGGAGGCGGAGCAGAAGGCGCAGCAGGAGGAAGAGGACCUCAGGCUGCAGCACAGCCGGAACAUGAAGGAGCUGCAGGACCGGAUCCAGCAGCAGGAGUCUGGCAUCAUGACGCUGGAGGCAAAGUCUCAGGAGAAGCAGCAGCAGGAACUGAAGCAGCAGCAGGAGCUGAAGGAGCAGCUGACGGAGCAGCAGCCCUGCUUGCAGUCCGAGGAGGAGCUGCUCUUCCAGAAGAAGGAGCUUGAAUCCGUCCUCGCUUCCCAGAAGGCCGCGGCGCGGCAGCGGGGCAAUAAGGAAUGGAAGGAGAUGAUGUCCACGAUGGAUGACACCAUCGAGACCGAGACGCAGGACCAGGUCCGGGAGGAGCGGGUCCGGUACAGAGCGCUCCGAGAGGGUGUCGAGUUCCUGGUGGAGGACAACGAGGUUGUGUGGACCCAGAUAAGGGAACUGAAGGACGAGCAGGUUCUGCUCCUUGCUGAGAGGGACCGCCUGAACACCGACCUGGAGGAGCUCGGGGAACAGAGCUUAAUCGGCAGCAUGGAGCUGGAGCAUUGGAGGAAUAAGAGCCAAAAGCUGAAGGUGAAGUCGAAUGAUCGUCGCUCCGCCCUCAAAGUCUUGCUGGAGGAGGAAGAGGCUCUCCGGUCGGUCGUGACCUCGGCGUCCGAGGAGGGGCGUCAGCAAACCUCCGAGGCGGUCCAGCAGAUGGCCGAGCUCCAGCGGCAGCGGAGGAUCAGGAGGCAGAUGGAGGCCGGCGUGAAGAAAGCGAUCUCCGGCCUCAGAGACAUCCUGUCGGACUCAGAGAAGACCUUGAAGACACACGGUCCGAAGGUGCUGGAGAUCCUGCAGAGCUUCGCCCCCCAGGGACCCGGAUCCACUCCUGUGGAGAGCGUUGAGCCACAACCGGACAGAAGCCAGACCCUGAACUUUGCCACAGAUCCGUUGUUCCUGAUGGCGCGCUAUAGACCAGGAGACCUCGGCCUCGUGCCCCGGCCCACGUGGAGCAAGAGACCCUCUGUCUACAGGUCCGCCAGGAAGUAGUUCUUCAGGUCCUCAUCCACAAGACGUCCUCUCAGUGGGCUGGAGACCCAGCUCUGAUCCAGAGGCCUUCGCCGCCUUAGACUGCUGAACCAGAUCCAGAACCAGUCCACAGAAAGACAGAGGGAUGCUCUGAAUACCAAAUAAAACACACAGCUGAAUCAAU